AUGUCAGGAAGAGGACGCGGACGCGGACGAGGCCGUGGCGCACCGCCUUCGGGAGCCCGUUUGCUCUUGCAACGAUCCGCCCAAGAAGCCGGACUUGGUUCCUCCAGUCUCAAGGCCAUUUCAGACAUUACCAAACCUGCUCUUUUUCCGGACUACGAGUGGCAUUCGUCGGGAAGACAACUGAACCAACCUCCAAUCGUUACCAAUAGUCGAGCGGAACAGCAAAAGACUUCCUCGCUAAACUACUUGAUUCGCAAGUCGAGGGACAUACAGCAUCGCUUUCAGAACUCUCCCAACUAUGUGCGGCCCACCCAAGAAGUAGACGUGAAUCGAUACGGCAAGCGACAGAGACCAAUGGAACCGGAUGUAUAUUUCCUCUCUCAAGUUGGGAAACUAGGGGAUCCUCUCUAUUUCCCACCCGAGCUCUUGACCAAGGAUCGGGCGUUGGGUCGUGGCGACGACGAGGGUGUCGCCACCAAGAAAAUGACCUUGGAGGAAAUGGCCCAAAACGAAUUGACACAGCGUCGGCAGGCAGCCGAAAGCAAAAAAGAGAACGCGGAUGACGAUGCGGACAUGGCGGACGAGUUGAAUCUCCCAGAGGAGGACAAUGAAGCGGAAGAAGUGGAUGAUUACAUUACGAAUUAUUACGCCAGUGAUGAUGACGAUGGUAAUAGUUCCGAUGGUGGGGAGCCAACCUUUUAG